AUGAGCUCGUCGAGCGAGGACUCUCUCGACUGGAUCGGCGGCUGGAAGCAACAGUGGUCGCUUCCAAAGACCACUUACGUCUUUAGCGAGGUGGACCCCCUGUCUGACGACACACAUCAACAUGGCACAGGUCUGUUGUGGACCAAUGAACGCUACGUGGAUUCAUCGGAUCCCAACAACAUCAAGAUCGGCCGCAUGAUCGAGUACCGCAUGUCGGGUCAGAUCCAUGAUCAGUACAAUUACGACAUCAACAUUCAGCUCUUUGUCGACUAUUACGGCAAUGUGAUCGAUGCGUACAUGCCUCAUGCGGUCAUCGGUGAAACCCAUUUCAUCUUGCCCAACGUUCCUGUUCCUGCUGACAAAUGGGGCCUUGCCUGCGACGGCGUGCCUAUCCAGAAGCAUCCUCAGCCAUACUGA